GUGGCAAGGCGAGCGCACCUAUCAAGCCGCAAGGAUAACGCGCACUACCGGAAAAUAAUAAAAAUAAAUACAAAAAUUUCUAGUUGAAUAUUUGGUUUCGCUUUUUUACUAAAGUGAGAACAACAAAUACCUUGUAUAUAUACAUAUAAAACACAUUAUAUGUAGGGGAGCAUCGAGCCAUAAAGUACAAAAAGGAAUACAGGAAUAUUUCAGAAGGAAGGGUUCAAAGGCUCUUGCUUAUUUUUCCAAAGCUGGUUGUCUAGUUUCUUCCGCUGCUAACAGAAUGUUCCAUAACAGGCGUUGCCAGAGACAAGCUGCACCAGUUCAAAGCGCGUUUUUUAACUAAAGACAAAAUAAGAUAUCCGAUAGCCGAAGGGUACGCAGGAGUUAAGCAUGCAUCAGGUGCUCAGCUAUGAGACGGCUGUGAGGGCCAACAGCAGCUCGCGUGAGUAUCGUGAAUAUGUGACUAAGCGCACCUGCGCCACACUCCUGCUCACCAUUGGCUUCUUCAUGCUCAUCUCAGGCUAUUUGCUGGGCAACUUCGUGACGGAACGCAAAUAUCACAUACGCCAGCUGCUGACAAAAAAGUCAAUCAAGCCUGGCGAGGCCAGCGGGGUGGACGGCGAGCGUUACGUGCAGCUGAAUAGUGCGGAUUAUGGGAAUCUGCAGGAACUGCGCGCGUAUCAGAAACACAAGGACCAACUGCUGGCCGCCGCGCAGGUGCUGAACAAGUUGCUGCAGCAGGAUGAAAGCGAACGUUAUUUGGCCACAUCCCUCAACACGGAGAUCUUUAACAAAUACGUCAGCUGCACCCAGGACAUACCGCCCAAUACGAACAUCAAGGCCAGCCAGUUCAUUGAGCAGCUGAUAGACAAUACCAUAGCCAGGCAGAGGGAUUGCAUGCGCAUCAUACAGGUGGUCAUCGAUAAUCAUCUGGCCAAUAGCCAGCUCUAAGCCAAGCCAUGACAAUUGCCAAGAAGAAAACUUAGGGAACAGCUGCAGUCAUUGCAAAGUUAAUCAAGAUUUAAGCAGAAGGAUAUUAUUUUUGAAUAAUGUAGCAUGAAUUUUAUAAUUGCGUAUAUACAUGUGUGUGCGUUUGUGUGUGUGUAAAGAGUUUUCAUAUUGUAUUUUCACAGCAAAUAAAGCU